AUGGGUGGACAUAGAGUUUAUAUUGGUCGACUUGCUCGCGAUGCCAACAGACGCGACCUUGAAGAUCUCUUCAAGGAGUACGGAAGAAUUCUUGAUGUUACAGUAAAGAGCGGGUUUGGCUUUGUUGAAUUUGCUGAUAAAAUGGAUGCCGAAGAUGCUGUUCAUGAUAUUCAUGACACCAAGUUUUUGGGUCAAAGAAUUAUCGUUGAGCUCGCUAUGAGCCGUCGUCGUGGUGAACGUCAAGAAAAUAAGGAUACCAACCGCAUUAUCGUAAAGAACAUCCCACCCAAGACCACUUGGCAGGAUCUCAAGGAUUUCAUGCGUAAGGCUGGUCGUGUCACUUUUGCUGACAUUCUCAAGGAUCGCGAGGGUGAAGGUGUUGUUGAAUUCGCCAAACGUGAUGAUAUGAAGUAUGCACUGAAAGAGCUUGAUAAUGAAAAGCUGAAUGGCACUCGUGUCACUCUUGAAGAGGCUGGUCGUAGCAGAAGAAGAUCGUCUCGUGAUCGUAGUAGAUCUCCUCGCCGUUCUUCUCGCCGUCGCUCUCGUAGUCGCGACAGCCGCUCACGUUCACGUUCACGUUCUCGUUCUCGUUCUCGCUCUCCUCGUCGCGAUCGUUCUGUCUCAAGAUCUCGUUCUAGCUCUAGAGGUAGAUCUUCUGAACGUCGUGCUGAUAUCAAGAAUGAGGAUAUGGUCAUUGAUGUUCCCGUUAAGGAUGAAAUGUCUCCCAAGGAAGAAAAGCAUGAUCGCUCACCUAGUCGCUCCAGAAGCCCUAGCCGUCAUAGUUCCGAAGCAAAGACCACCGAAGCAGAAUCAACUAGCACAAAGAAAUUGACAUCUGUUUCGUCUGCUAGCAAAGAACAAUCAGCAAUCACCAAAUCAACUAUAUCUCUCAAAUCAACCACCAAAUCAACCACCAAAUCAACCACCAAACCUACUCCCACUACCACCAAAUCUACCACCAAAGUUGCAGCUAAAUCUAAAACUGCAACUCCAACAUCUUCAGUUUCUGUAUUACAACGUAAUGGUUUGGAAAAGGUCAUUUCCUCACUUCGAGUUACUACCAAAACUGCGAAAAUCACAAGCACAAAUUCGAGUGUAACAAAGACAACUUCCAGCCAUAGUUCCACUAGUACUACAAAGAAAGAGACCGAGACUUUAACCAAGACCAAGGCAAAGACAGAUGAUCCCACUCCUACUAAAGACAGUAGAUCAGAAACACCCACAAAUGAAGCUACCACCAAAAAGAAGGCUUCAUCAAUAGAUGAGUCUAAGCCAACAACGACUGUAAACAAGUCCAACCCUACCAACACGGAUGACAAGCCUUCGCCUACUGAAUCUGAUAAGUUUGGAAACAAUGCUUCUUCCACAGAUAAGUCCAACCCUACCAAGGCAGCUUCUGAUAAUGAACCCACCUCUACAACCAAGGGAUCCACCAAAACUGCCUCAGAAACAGGACCCACCGAGACAGCUUCUGAUGAGCCUACGAAGUCUGUUACAAAGACUGAAUCAUCGUCUUCUGAAAAGCCUAGCAAGACGGUCUCAGAUGGCGAAUCUACUUCAAUUGAGACGCCCAGCAAGACGGAGACAUUUGAGCCUACUCCAACUGGAAAGCCUACCAAGACUAACACAGAUGGUGAGCCUACUCCAACUGAAAAGCCUACCAAGACCAACACAGAUGGUGAGCCUACUCCAACUGAAAAGCCUACCAAGACCAACACAGAUGGUGAGCCUACUCCAACUGAAAAGCCUACCAAGACCAACACAGAUGACCAGCCUACUCCAACUGAAAAGCCUACCAAGACUAACACAGAUGGUGAGCCCACUGUUUCAACCACUGAAAAGCCUACCGAAACCAACACAGAUGGUGAGCCCACUGGUUCAACUACUGAAAAGCCUACCAAGACCAACACAGAUGACCAGCCUACUCCAACUGUAAAGCCUACCAAGACUAACACAGAUGGUGAGCCCACUGGUUCAACCACUGAAAAGUCUACCGAAACCAAUACAGAUGACCAGCCUACUCCAACUGUAAAGCCUACCAAGACCAACACAGAUGAUAAUCCUACAUCAACAACUGAUAAGCCCACCAAGACCAAUACAGAUGAUGAGCCUACUGGCUCAAGCACUGAGAAGUCUACUAAAUCAGCUAUUGAAAAGGAGUCGCCAUCUACCAAAGAAUCUACAAAGACUCGCACAGAUGAAGAGCCCACGCCUACAGACGAUAAAUCAACAACCGAAAAGCCAACCAAAACUGCGUCUGGUACAGAUGGUGUAGAGACAACUAUUGCGUCUACAAAGCCCACCGAAUCUAUAACAUCUGGUAACGAGCAUGAAACUAGCAUCACUGAAAAGCCUUCCAUUACCGAAACCAGCAAUGAGGAGACAUCUACUCGUUCCGCAAAGCCCACAAAAACUGUUUCUGCUAGUACCGCUGAUGGAGAGGAGACAAUUACUCCUACUACAAAGCAGAACACUAGUAAACCCACCCCUACUGACAGUGCUACAGAGAGUGAAUCAACAUCUGCUACCCCAACCGAAACCGAAACAGAAACACAGACAGCUACACCAACAGAGACAGAAACAGAAAGCCAUACGGACGAUUCAACUGGCACUACUUCUGCUGGUACCACAGAGACCACCAGCAAGACCGAGAGCACCACAGAGACACCUACACCUACGCCUACUACGGACAACAACAGCAACAACAACGAUAAGACCAUCACGUUCAAAGCAACCUCUACCUAUCGUUAUCAAACCCUGUCGUGGUUGUCUGAUAGUUUCAGUAUCUCUAUUCCAGCCCCUUCAUCCAGCGAACCAACAAAGACGAGUAAACCCACCUCCAUUAACACCAGCACGCCCACAGCCACCGCAAAUCAAGACACCAUUCCAGAGUAUAUCGCUCCCAACGUCGAUGCUAUUAUUCCAGACACGAGUUCGCUUGUCUUUAUGAAGUUCAAGUACAUCUCUUACUCUCAAAUGGUCCAAGAUGCUGUCUUGACUGCCCAAUUCGUGCAAACAUUGCCAGCAUUCUUGAGCAAGAACUUGGGUGUCACUGCUGAUGAUGUGAUUGUGGUUACUAUUACCAGCGCAGGUGGAUCUACUACCAGCAGCAGUGGUAGCAGCAGUUCCAACAAGAAGCGUGCUCUCUUGAGAAAACGUGAAGAUGCUUCAGGUGUUGUUGUUUCCAUUGCGAUCCCUGCCGAUCAAGUCAGUGAGUUGCAAAACUUGAUUAGUCAAUCCAACUCGAGCCUUUACUCUGAUUCCAAUGGACAGCUGGCUUCUUUGAUUGAUGCCUCUUAUCCCAUCACUGGAAAUGCUGUGAGCCAAACAUCCAACUCCAACAAUGUGGUUGAUCCCAAUGCCAACCAUGCCGGAUCAAGCAAUUCUUCAAACAACGGUAAUGCCAAUGGUUCUAACAGUGGCGGUUUAUCCAAGGCCUCCUUGAUUGGCAUCUGUGUAUCUGUUGGUGUUGUAGUCUAUGCUGCUGCUACGAUUGCAGUGAUCAAAGUCUAUCGCAAGAGACGCAAUGCCAAAGAAGAAAAGGCAAUUGCUGAGCAUCAAGUGUUUGCACAAAGCAUCUCUGAGCCUGUCAUGAUGGACAACUCGCUUGGUUGGUCUAAUGUUGGUGGAUACAACCACCAGAGACAACCUUAUCGACGCAAUGAUAGUGACCAUCAAUGGUAG